GAUUGUUAGCAUUUCUGUUGUUUAUAUAUGCUGAUUUUUUGUUAUAGCACUUUUGGAGGCCGAGGAUUAGGGUAGAAGGUUACAGAGGCGAAUUCAGGAUUUCAACAGGAUGAGUUUACCUUAGAAUUUUUAUUUUAUUUUUAAAAGACGCAAAAGUGCAUUUAGUAGGGUUCGAUCUCACAACCUUAAGAGAUUAAACCCAGCACUUAGCCAGUGCUCCACUCAGUCUAGUUUGAUCAUGUGUUCCUUCAGUUAAUCUUAGAUAUAUUUUAAGUAUUAUAUAUUCCCUCCGUUUCAAUUGAUGUGAACCUAUUUGACUGGGCACGGAGUUUAAGAAAAAAGAGAAGAUUAUUAAACUUGUGGUGUAAAAUGAGGCAUAUAUAUUUUGUGUGACUAUAAAUCAUUGUAUAAAGGUAAAUUUUUUUCCAAAGACGGAAAGAGGUCAUUCUUUUUGGCAUGGACUAAAAAGGAAAUAGGUUUACAUAAAUUGAAACGGAGGGAGUAUAUGAUAUACUGAGUUUAGUCGGGUGACCAUGGGUUUACGUGACCCAUUUUUUAUACUUAGAUUCGCUCCUAGAAGGUUAGUAGGUAGCCGAGUGUUGUAGCAACUUUAUGUGGGAGAGACAGGGGGCUGGUCUCCUCUCUCGGUAUUAGUAGUAUUACUAUUUUGUACUUGCGUAGUAUUCCUUCCUUCGUUUUUAUUUGUUAUCUGUCGCUUCAUUGGUGUGUUUAUUUUGCCAUGUUGUUGCUGAUAUUUUUUCUGUUUAACCUGUUUUUGGUACUGCGUCGUUGAGCGAGGUCUAUCGGAAACAACCUCUCUACCCCACAAAGGUAGGGGUGAUGUCGGAAGCGUAUACUUUGGUCCAAACCAUCCAAUGAAGCCACACAGGUUGUGUAUGACUCAUCAUCUGGUUCUAGCCUAUGGUCUACACAGCAAGAUGGAAGUUUAUAGGCCUCAUAAAGCAUACCCAGUGGAGCUAGCGCAGUUUCAUUCAGCUGAUUAUGUAGAGUUCUUGAACCGAAUAACCCCAGAUACUCAGCACUUGUUCCCUAGUGAAAUGGCAAGAUAUACUCUUGGAGAAGAUUGCCCUGUAUUUGACAACUUAUUCGAGUUUUGUCAAAUAUAUGCUGGUGGAACAAUAGAUGCUGCACGUAGAUUGAAUAAUCAGCUUUGUGACAUUGCAAUAAAUUGGGCUGGUGGAUUGCAUCAUGCCAAGAAGUGUGCGGCUUCAGGAUUUUGCUAUAUCAAUGAUCUAGUUUUGGGGAUAUUGGAGCUUCUAAAGUAUCAUCCACGGGUGCUCUAUAUUGAUAUUGAUGUGCAUCACGGUGAUGGUGUAGAAGAGGCGUUUUAUUUCACUGACAGGGUUAUGACUGUUAGUUUCCACAAGUAUGGGGACAAGUUCUUUCCUGGAACUGGUGAUAUGAAGGAUACAGGGGAAAGAGAUGGAAGAUUCUAUUCCAUAAAUGUGCCUCUCAAGGAUGGAAUAGAUGACGGCAGUUUUAAUAGACUCUUCAAAACAAUUAUUUCAAAGGUUGUCGAAACAUAUUUACCUGGCGCGAUCGUUCUGCAAUGUGGAGCAGAUUCGCUUGCUGGUGAUCGUUUGGGCUGCUUCAACCUCUCCAUUGAUGGACAUGCUGAAUGUGUAAGGUUUGUGAAGAAAUUUAAUUUGCCGCUGCUGGUAACUGGAGGUGGGGGAUACACAAAAGAGAAUGUUGCCCGUUGUUGGGCUCUGGAAACAGGAGUUCUUUUGGACACAGAACUUCCUAAUGAUAUACCAGACAAUGAUUACAUCAAAUAUUUUGGCCCUGAUUAUUCACUGAAGAUUCCUAGUGGGCACAUAGAGAACCUGAAUAGCAAAUCGUACAUUGGCACCAUAAAAAUGCAAGUAAUGGAAAAUCUUCGUUGCCUCCAGCAUGCUCCCGGUGUACAGAUGCAAGAGGUACCGCCUGACUUUUAUAUUCCUGAUUUUGAUGAAGAUGAGCAAAAUCCAGAUGAGCGUGUGGAUCAGCACUCCCAAGAUAAGCAUAUCCAGCGUGACGAUGAAUAUUAUGAAGGCGACCAUGACAAUGAUAACCACACUGAUGAUGCCUAAACACUACAAUUUGAUGUAGUUAGAUUCGUGGAAAUGUAUAUUCUUUUGCCUAUUAUAGAAAAUGCAUUGUACAACUCUAGUUAAUUGCCCCAUGUUAAUUUUGCAUUUUCAUUCCCCUUCUCAUGUAAAAUGUAUUUGAUGUGAUAGGAUUUGUAUUGUAGGGUAGCAGUUUUUGUUUUGUUUAGUUUAGAUGUCAAUGGAGGCAUAUGUUUCAUGCUCCAAAGAUUUGGAAUUUAUGAUUUGGAAAUUAAUGUUUUAUU